AUGGACCGGCUGGCCGAAGCCACGAAUCAGUAUGAAGACUCCGUGCCUCUCGUCCUCAUGAAGGAGAUCGCGGACUCAACAAUGGUCGAUAACUGCGACGCAGAAAAGGUGGUCGAUUAUCUUCUCGAAAGACUAGAUGAGAACAAUUACAAUAUCAAACUCAAUUCAUUGCAAAUCAUCUUGUUCUGCAUCCAAGAAGGGAGUCCCGCUUUCACAAAUGCCAUCAAAAAAGUAGAGCAGAAGAUUGCGGCUAUCUCGCAGUUCUCGAGCUCUCACGAGCUGAUGUGUGGAGACGAAAUAUAUCGUCGUAUUAGAUUGGCGUCUCAGGAAGUAUUGGUGUGUUUAAAUAAAAAGCUUUUGUCGGUGCCGCCUCUGCAAGUGCAAAAAUUGUACGAUGGUGCUGCAAACAGCCGGCAGUUACUACAAGAGGACAAUACCAUGUGUCAUAAGGAAAAGUCAGAACAACAUUACUCGAUGAUUGGUGGUACUGAAAAGGUCUCAAGUCAUUCUGCUACUUACCACGAUAAUUUGUUGGAUGGUUAUCAAGGUACAUCUAUCUGCUCGUCAGAUGAAACGAGCAAAGAUUCUUUGGAUGGUUGCAGUCAAAUUACAAUUCUCAAUGCUUCAUUUAAUUCGCACAAAGACGACUACGACUCUCAAGAUACUGACAGACUGAGUCACGCUGAGUCAAACGACUGUAAAAGUCACCAGAUCAGUGCACACGGCUUGUCCCAGCAACCUGAAAAGGUUCUUCACUCUGUGCCAUCCCUCGUGAGUACGAGUCCUUCAUCAAAAAGCUCGGACACAGGUGCUUGGGAUAGCGCGAAAGAUGUUAACGAGCUCCGAAAAGAUGAAGAGCCUAGUCCAGCGAUCAUAGACAGCAAUUACAGACGGCAACAACAGCACCUUAAGCCAUGUCCAGCGCGUUCAUCCUAUUGUGCGGCAUCUGGAGAUGGAUAUGCGAUCGAGAACGAUUUACUUGGAAUGGAAGAGCGAUUGAAACGUAUUCUGACUUUUUGUGAAUACCAGCGAGAGAAUCCGCUGCGACUGCAAGACAAGAUUCAUGACUUGCAAGAGCAAUUAAGGCAGGCUAUUGCCGAGAAGAACUACUGGAUGAAGCGUUGCAAAGAGCUCACGACUCAUCAUCCCCCGACCGCUGAAGUCACUAAGGUUGAUCUACAAUGCGCCAAAAGCCGCCCUCGCCAGCGUAGUAACUCGGAGCUUAUUCUGAUUGCUGACACGUGUACUCAGUCCGAUCAUGGCAGUAUCUUUAGCGAGGGUAGCUCAACUUUUGAAGAUAGCGGUGCCUUGUCAAACUGCAAGAAGGAGCAUGCGAAUGACUUUGCCGUGCAACGUUCAAUCUUUCGGCUGCUGCAGUGUUCUGACGAACAGUGCGAGGUGUUUAUGCCUAUGAAUCGCAGUAUUCGCACACAGCAUCGUUCGCGUAACAAUGUCCAAUUAAUGUGGGACGAGCCACCCAGAACGGUGCUUGUUGUGAAAAAGCCUAAUGAAUCUGAGACUACUGACAUGCUGGUGAGGCUGACAUCGUGGCUUUCAAAGGAAAAGAAGAUGGAGGUUGUUUUGGAACAAUCGGUAUUUGAAGAGCUUGCCUUGCCGCACACGAAGACGUGGGGUUCUAAGCCACAAGAUUGGACCGAGUGUCAGAAUAGGAUCGACUUUGUCAUUUCAUUAGGUGGUGACGGAACAGUAUUGUGGGUCUCGUCGCUCUUCAGCAAAAGCGUGCCGCCCGUCUUUUCACUUGCUAUGGGAUCGCUGGGAUUUUUAACUCCAUUUGAUGCUGAAAAUGCCGUGGAGCAUCUUACAAGUGUCAUCAAUGGCGGUUUUUACAUGUCCUUACGCUCCCGUCUAUCAUGCACAAUUUAUCGAGGCGAUAAGGAGCGUGCGAUUACUGGAAAUCUGCAUGCGUUAAAUGAAAUUGUGAUCGACCGAGGCCCGUCCGGUGCGCUUGUAGAACUAAAUUGCUACUGCGAUGGCUUAGAGGUCACCAAGAUUGCUGCCGACGGCAUCAUUAUUGCCACACCGACAGGCUCAACAGCCUAUUCAUUGUCGGCUGGCGGCUCGAUGGCACACCCAUCUGUGCCGUCGAUGCUGUUUACGCCAAUUUGUCCGCAUACAUUAAGCUUCCGACCUCUAAUCUUUCACGAUAGUGCGACACUGAAGAUUGAAUUUCCUUCUUCUAGCCGAGCUUCCGCGUGUUAUGUCUCUUUUGAUGGCAAGGACCGCGUGCGUCUAGAACGGGGCGAUAGCAUUAUCGUUCGUGUGUCUUCCUAUCCGCUGCCCUCGAUCUGUCGAGCUAACGAGAAUCAAGAUUGGUUUGAAUCCAUGAUCACUAACCUCAAUUGGAACCAACGUCGAGCCCAGAAGCCUUGGCAACCGGCGGUGACUAGCAAGAUGUAG